UUUGAAAGUCUUUUUUUUUUCUUUUUUUUGAGGGGUAACACUUGUGUUGCUGCCAAUCCCCCACUCUCCAUCAUAAAAAAAAAAAUAAACAAUAGCACGCAGAAUUUGGAGUCGAAAAAAAUCGCUUCACAACAAUAAGCAAUAGUGGAAAGAGAAAAGCCGAAAAAAAAGUCAGCGAAAGCCAACGUACGACGUCAAAUUGGCCGUUGCACCCGAGUUUGCGAAAAAAAAAAAAAAAAACCAACCGAAGAGAAUCACCACUACACGCAUCCAGCCCAUUUCCUCUUCUACUGCCCACAUCUUUGAACCGUCCUUCCAUCUCUCAUCACGAGUCCAACCCUGAUACACGGACAUGAGCAGUGGUGAAAGCACGUCGGUCCUGACCACCGUCAAUGCAUCGGAUAACAGUCAUCGUUCCUUGCGAUGCGCAUCCCCACCUACGCCUACACCACAUGUCGCUACUACCAAAACAUCGAAUUCCAAACAUCUGUCUAAAGCACUACUGCGUACAGCCCUUCAAAAGGCAAACUCGGCCGUUCUUUGCGAUUCAUCCAACAAUGUCACGGGCGCCAUUGAAGCUUACACCGAAGCCAUUACCCUUUUAAAUCGAGUAUUGGCCACAGUAGAAAGGGAGACCGACCGCCGACGACUGCAAGAAAUCCACGACUCUUACUCUGAUCGCAUACGACUGUUGAAUGCUGUAUCACCGAAAUCCGAUGUCGAGAAUGUGUAUGAAAAGUUGGAUGAUCCAGCGUGUUCCAAUACAGAUACCCAUGAUCCGGAGGUGACGAGACCUAAAGAAGAUGUUGUCAAGCACACCAAAAGAUCUUCUUUACACCGGAUGCAGGACAGUCCCACCACAGCCAUUCUUCACAUGCCUUCGUCUUCGUCCCUUGACAGUGCCUUUGCCAUGAUGGAUGCUAACAAAAGUGUAGGAUCUCAUCGACCAGAGGCCGACGUGUCCGAUCAUGCUACUUGCAAAGUGUCUUUGCCUCCUCUUUCCGUCUGUUCCACACAUCCCUCACCUUGGCAUCCUGAUGCUUCAUCGGCUUCUUCUUCAUCAAGGAGUACACCCACGCACGCACCCUCCCGUAGCGCCAAACGACCCAGCUUUGAUGCGGAACAUUUGGACGAAACGCAACCGAAUCAUUCCCGAUCGUCUUCUCUCUCCCACUAUACGGAUCCUGGCACACCGGAAGCCGUCCAUCCUGCAGACGAAAUUCGGUCUUCCAUCGACGACGGCUUGGAUGAGGAUGAUGCUAUCCAUCGAACGUCGGUUGGUUCAGCAUCCUCGCUGUCAUCGACGGAUAGCGAAGGAUGGCACGCAUCCGUAUCACGCACCAACAAUCAUCAUCAACCCUCCCUGACGUUACCCUCGCUUCUUCAAUUGGAAACGCCUUCCUCCACCGAAGCGUCCAAAGUACCGUGCACGCCAGCGACAAACGGGGCCAGUAUAAUUGCAGCCGUCGAAGCAAUUCGUGCCCGUAGUAGCAGUUUGCCUCGACAAAACCAAUUAGCAACGGAGUCUUGUCAGUCCGUCGAAACGCUUACCACUGUCAACACGACCAAAGCACCCGCGACUGGCAUACUUCCGCUUUCCAGUUCAGCUCCCGAAGGUGACACUGCAUUACAAGAGGAUCGGGCGGCUCAUGGACGGAACACAGUACCAAUGCGUCGCGCUGUCACGCAACCCUCGCCACCGGAAGAGAAGCAAUCGCCUACCUUUACUCCACCGAUCCAUCGCCCUCUUGUUUCGCGUCAAUCCAGCGGUCUCGGCAGUGUCCGACGCAAAGCGCAAAAUCGCUUGUCACGAUCCAGUAUGGAUGGUUCUGGUCGGAAAGACAAGGGCAGUCCGAUUUUUGGACUUUUCCUCAAAGACAUCAUGCCAUCUCGUCCUACCUAUGAAGUCACCGCCGAUUACCUCGAUCGACACACUAUGAGCGAUGUGCCUGAAUCAGAAACAGUGACGCCUUCCAAGUGUGCACGUCCCCUGAAAUUGAUCCUAUCUUUGGAGUCUAGUAUGGUGCAGGGAGGCUACGUCACCGAUCAUCUCUAUAUACCCAAAAACUUAUGGUUUCAGCCGAAUAUCCGAUUAUCAUCCUUGGACGUCAAAGUAUCUGCCUGUGAAAAUAUGGCCGCCGAUUUGGCGCGGCUUGAGAAAUGGAAGAGCUUGGAUGAUGUGGCCGGUAGUUUAAAGUUGCUGGAAACGCUGGAAACAACAAUCGAAGGCUGGCAAAUCAGUCUUUCCAGAAAGUUGAAGCGGGAAAGCAUGGAUGGCGGAGAUUCGUCAUCGAGCACCAUCUCUGACACCAGCAGUAUCACCAGCAGCACCGGCGGCAGCAAAAAAUCACAAACACUGAUGUCCUGGGGUAACAAGUUGACCAAGUCCGUCGAACGGAUGAAUGCCUUUAGCUUGACCAAAUCAGAAGACCAAUAUCGACAUUACAUCGACACUUUGCAGCGGUUGUUUUUAAAGGUUCACGUUCUAGAGCAUUGGUUGGAGCAUUAUUCCAGGAUGAACUAUGGCAAACAUGAGCUUUUGGUGCAGAAAUUGAGCAAAAUCUGUGAUUUGAUCACGGUAGUGGUUGGUGGAUUCGUGAUACGCGACAUGGCCAUUCUGUUAAGCAAAUGGUUAAAGCGCGGAGGAUGUUGGGUCAACGAGUGAACCUAAUCCCCUCCUUAUAUACCUUAGCUUUGUCUAUCUUACUUCUUUUUCUUUUUCUUUUUUUUUCUCUAAUCUCACUAUUUAUCAUAUAACAUUGUGUCUUAUUUUCCCUUGUGCAUCAGUUAAUCUAUUAAAUACUUACUAUUUUUGAAUUCUUCUAUUACCUUUUUUUUUUGUCACCCAAAGCUCUUUCGAUACCCCAUCUGUUUCCUUUAUGUGUGAUGGCCGCCG